AUGGCCACGACUGCUGAGAGCUGCAGUCCUGAUAUUGUCGUGGAGAGUGAUUAUCUGGCACGUUGCACCGAGGAAGUUCUUCUCCCUUUCUUCACGGAUGAAAGUCUGCAGGCCACCAUGGACUCGCAACACCCUCAACUCGUCCGCAGCAUGCCUCCACCCACUCUCUCAGAACUUAGACUGGUCCUUCUGGGUCGCAAAGGGGCCGGAAAGAGCGCUGCGGGCAACACCAUUCUGGGUGUAAUCGGAGGGUUUGAGAGCGGGAAGCCGACAGAGGAGUGUGUGAAAAGGCGAGCAGAUGUGGCGGGAAGAAAAGUCACGGCUGUGGAUACUCCAGGGUGGGAGUGGUACUACCCGCUCAACAGCACCCCCAACUGGGUGAGGAAAGAAACUUUACGGAGUGUGUCGCUGUGUCCUCCUGGACCCCAUGCUGUGCUUCUGGUCGUGCGAGCAUGUGCUGCAGUUACAGAGGACUACAUUAGGGAGAUGGAGGAGCACCUGGAGCCGCUGGGGAAAAGAGUUUGGGAGCAUACAAUGCUGCUGUUCACCAGGGGAGACGAACUAGGCCUGGUGUCCAUGGAGCAACGAAUUCUGAUGAGCGGCAAAGCACUCCAGGGACUUCUCAGAAAGUGUGGGAACAGAUAUCAUGUUGUGGAUAACCGAGGCAGAGGAGAUGGGACACAAGUGAAAGAGCUGAUAAGGAAGCUGGAGGAGAUGGUGGAGAAGAAGGGCGGGAGCUGUCAUUUGGAGAUGGAUAACACGUGUUUGUUGGGACUGGAGGCUGACGGGAAGAGGAGAGCAAGGGAGAGGAGGAAGAAACAAAGGCAAAUGGAGGAGCAAGUGCAACGGGGGACCAUCAAAGCUGCUCUGAUGAGCGAUGGUCUCCAGGGCUCGGAGCUGGAUGCCCACCAGUCGUUCUCCAAGUCUCCUCGCCGUCUCCCUGAGGUCAGACUGGUUCUCCUGGGCGAGCGUGAAACAGGGAAGAGUUCUGCUGGGAACACCAUCCUGGGAAAACUGGGCGUCUUCCAGUCCGAAGAGGUGACAGAGGAGUGCAACCGUCAGCAAGCGGAGGUGGCCAUGCGGAUGGUGACGGUGGUGGACACUCCAGGUUGGGAGGGAGGCAUCGCAGGUGCCACACCUGAGAGGGUGAAGAGGGAGAUCGUUAACAGUGUGGCCUUGUGUCCUCCAGGGCCUCAUGCACUCUUGUUGACUCUGAGGGUGGAUACAGUGGUGAGUGCGGGACAUGUGAAGGAACAUCUGGAGCUUCUGGGCGAGGGCGUAUGGCGACACAUUAUGUUGUUGUUCACCCACGGGGAUCAGCUUCGAGAGGGUGUGGAUAUCGAGCAGCGCAUCCAAGGAGGAGGCAAGGACCUCCAGUGGCUGCUGGAGAAGUGCAGGGGAAGGUACCACGUCAUCAGCAGCUUAGAUGGAGGACAAGGAAGAGGAAAUGGAGGCUCCAGUGUGGUCGGAGACCUUUUGCACAAGGUGGAAAAGAUGGCCGCCAUGAACAGGUGCGAGGCUUUCUCUGGUAUGGUACAAGACGUUAGAGAUCUGAGCCGUCAAAGGAACGAGAAGUUCAACCAGCGCUUUAAGGAGAUAGGAGAUAAAAUGCAACGCCAGGAGGUGGAGUUAAAGAACAUGAGAGAGAGGGAGAUUAAAAGCCUUAGGAGGAUUUUUGAUUGGACGAAGAAAAUUAAAUCACCAGGGAAAGCAGAUAUUCAGAAGGAAGAAGAGGAGGAUGAGGACAAGAGGAUUGGGGAAAGGAGGAGUGAUUAUGGGGAUCUGGAGGAAAGGAUGCGAUGGCUUACACAGGAUAAAGAGAGAGAAAUUCAGGAUCUGAGCAUAGAGAAUGACAGAAUCCGUGUUGCAUUAAGCCAGAGUGGAAAAGAAAAGGAUAAGGCAAUGCUAAACCUGGAGCUAAAAGAAAGAGAGAUAGAGGAGAUGCAAGAAAGACUCGAGGAGCAGCAGCUGAAGUUGGUCGACCUUGAACGUGCCGGUGCAGAAAAUGAACAUGAGAGUAAACAGAGAGAGGAAGAGUGGACGAGGCAGGAGAGGAAACUGGUAGAAAACAUGCAGAUGAUGAGGGAAGAGAAGGCAGAGUGGGUGCAAAAAGUUGAGUCUUUGAAGACAGAAAUGGACAGAAGGAAAGGACACUAUGUUGAAACUCUGGAGAAAAAAGCAGAAGAGAAAAGUAAAGAGAUGGAAGAGUUAAAAGAAAAGCUGACAUCAGAGAUGAACACAAAGCUGCUUAAGAAAGAGAAGGAGAUGGAAGAAGUGAGAAAGAAAGCCUCGGAGGAAAAGCAGAAAAUCCUUGAUGGUGAGGCAGAAUAUAAGAGAAAUGUGCAGAGGAAACUGGAAGAGAUGAAAUCACAACAUGAGAAAGAGAGAGAGAGAAACAUGCAUGAGAAAGAGAGAGAGAGAGAGGGCAUGAAAAAGAAUCAUCAGGAAGAGAUAGACAAAAUGGGAGAACGGAUGGAAGGAAUGAAAGUUCAACACCAAAAAGAAAUGGAAAAAAAAGAAAAGUACCACAAAGAAAUCUUGAACAGAGUCAAACAGCAGCAUGAAAAUGAAAUGAGAGACAUGCAGGGAAGAAAAGAAAAAGAGAUCGCAGAGAUUAAAGAGAGUUUUGCAAAAGCAACGGAGGAACAAAUGGAAGCAAAGAAAAGAGAGAUAUCAGAGCUAGAGGAAAAUUAUUUUGUUCAAACAGAAGGAAUCAUGCAGGAGAAUGAAAAAGAGAAAGAAAGGAUCUGUCUGGAUUACAAGAAAGAGAUUGCACAAAUAAUGACAGUGAAGGAAAACGAGGUAGAAGUGUUGAAACUGCAGCAUCAGGAUGAAAUGACAAGAAAAAUGAAUGAAAAGGAGAAACUACGAGAGGUGAGGGAAGCUGAACACAAGGAGGAAGUAGAGAAAAUGUUGAAAGAGAAGAAGGAAGAGGUAGAAAGAGUCCAACAACAGUGCAGUGAUCAAAUGAAGGACUUGGAGAAAGUGAGAGAAAGAGAGAUGGAAAAGCUGAGUCGACAGUUUUCAGAAGAAACUGAGAAACAAUCGCAGGGAAGACGACGAGAGAUAAGAGAGUUAGAGCAAAAGUUUGACGCCCAAAUGAAAGAGAAGAUGCAAGAAAAUGAAAAACAGAGAGAACUGAUGAAUGAAAAUCAUGAAAAGUACAUUUUGGAACAGAUGCAAGAGAAAGAAAGGGAAACAGAGGAGUUGAAACAUCAUCAUGUUGAGGAAAUCAAGGAAAGAAUGGAAGAAAGUGAGAGGGAAAAAGAAAGGAUUGUUGUGAAUCUGAAGAAAGAGAUGGAGCAGGAACUGGAGUUAAAAGAAAAAGAAAUAGAGGAGAUUAAAGGGAGUGUUGAAGAAAUGAAAGAAAAGCUGCAACUAAAGGAGGAGAAAGAAAGAGAGAACGUAAAGGAAAUGACAGAAAUGGAGCAACGGCUGAAAAGAAAGGAACAGGAGGUCGAGGAAAAUCUGCGACAAAAAGAGGAGAAGGAAAUUGAAUAUUUGAAAUACAGGAGAGAGAUGGAGCAGAAACUACAGGAAAGAGAGAAAGAAAUAGAAGAGAUGAAAGAGAAGUUAAAAGGACUCGAUGAACAGUUGAGAGAGAGUUUAAAUCACAAGAAACAGAUGGAGCAGAAGCUGGAAGAAAAGGAGAGAGUGGUAGAGAAAUUAAAUCAACAUAUCAAGGACGUUGAUGAAAUCCUGCAAAGAAAGGAAGAAGAGAGAGGAGAAACUAUUCUUAGUCAAAAGAGAGAGGCAGAACAAAGGCUUCAAGAUAAAGAAAGAGAGAUGGAGGAGAUGAAACAGCAGCUUUUGAACGACAUGGAGAGGAACGUCAAAGACAAAGAAGGAGAGAUGGAGGAGAUGAAACAGCAGCUUUUAAACGACAUGGAGAGGAACGUCAAAGAGAAGGAAAGAGAGAUGGAGGAGAUGAAACAGCAGCUUUUAAACGACAUGGAGAGGAACGUCAAAGACAAAGAACGAGAGAUGGAGGAGAUGAAACAGCAGCUUUUAAACGACAUGGAGAGGAACGUCAAAGACAAAGAACGAGAGAUGGAGGAGAUGAAACAGCAGCUUUUAAAUGACAUGGAGAGGAACGUCAAAGAGAAGGAAAGAGAGAUUGAAAGUUUGAAACAACGGGCCGACUCGAAGGAAACAAGAUGGAGGGAAGAGCAAAAGAAAAAGGAUGAAGAGACAGAAAAGGAGGUGACCCGCCUACUGGAGAUCGUUGAGAAGAAAACAGAAGACACAACACAAGCGCAAAGUCUUCUCCAGGAGAGAGACAGGAAGUUAGAAAGUACAAGUGCCAACUACUUAAAAGAAAUCAAAGAGCUGGAAGAAAGCAAGAAAAUCCAAAUCGCCAGUUUGAUCGAGGAACAAACAGAGAAGGGGAGGAAGACAGAAGCUGAAAUGAUGGAGAAACUCAGAGAGAAAGACGAGGAACUCGCAAAAGUGAGGCAGAGAGAGCAAGAGAACGAGAGAGAAAUCGUCCAACUGAGGCUAACUAUGGAGCAGACGAAGUCCGAGCUGAAGGAGCUCACCGACAGGAUGGAAAAAGAGAUGACGAACAUGAUUCAGGAGUACGAAAAGGAGAUAGCUCAAAGAAACGAGGACAUAGAAUCCAUGGAAAAAGACGCCAAAGAGAAAUUUGUGGAGAGUCAACAGAGAGUGGAGGAGCUGCAGGAACAAAAUGAGAAGAUGAGAAAAGAGACGGACAAUCUCAAAGUCAAAUGUGAGGAGCUAACGAGAGAAACAGGGUGUCUCUUGGAAGAAAGAGACAAAGAGGUCAGGGAGGUAAAGGAUGUAAAUGACAAACUUAGAGUACAGAAAGAUGAGGCAGAGAGGCAGAUGAAUGAAAGGAUGGAGAAACAAAGUGAGUUAAGAUUUAAAGACAGGGAGGCGGAAGAAGAGUUCUUGCGAAGGGAGGAAGUUGUCAAGGAAAGGGAACAAGUCCUGAGUAAAAACGAAGAGGAGCUGAACAAACGACUUCAUGAACUUGAUGCAAAAGAUGAAGACCUUGUCAAAAGAAAGGAAAUGCUGGAACGUAAGGAACAAGAGCUCAAAAAAUGGAAGGCAAAUCUAGAAAAACUGCACAAGGAUCAAGAGGAAAGAAGUAAAUUCGAGAGCAUGCGAGCAGAAAAUGUCAAGAAAAAGGAAAGGGAACUGGACAGUCUUCUCAGAGCUCUCGAGGGCAAACAGGAAGAGCUGAGCUCUCACGGUCAGGAUCUCCAGAGGAAGGUAAAAGGCCUGAAAGAUCACGGGAAGGAGCUGAAAGACAGGGAGAGCUCGUUACUGAAUGAAGAGCAACAGCUGCUCAACUGGAAGUCUGUGUUGCACUCGCAAAAAGAUCACGUGAACUCCACGACACAAGAGUUGGAUGAGAUGAGGAGAGACUUGGCUUUGCUGAAGGAGGAACUUCGCAACAAGGAGGGAAACUUGAGAGCGUCUUUUGAGAAACUGAGAAAAUGGGAAGAGAAUCUCCAGGAACGAGAGGAGAGGUUGGACGAAAGUGAUUCAGCGAACGAACAAUUUGAAGUUGAGAGCUCGGAGGACAGCUUGCAUUUGAUGCACCAACGGAUCAGUGAGAGCAGAGGAAAGGGAAGAGGAAGGGAGUCGGACAGGGGAGACAACAUGAAAGAUAAGGAGGAAACCACAUUGUCAUCUGCAAAGAGCAAUAACUGUCACGUUGAAACCUCAAAAGAGACGCAGAUAACAGAGGAAAAGGAAGGAACAAGAGUAAGAGAAGUAGAGACAAGAAAGAAACAAAGCAGAAAGGGUUCAGGAGUGUCAGAGAUCCUUCAGGAUUUACAGUUUUUAUCUGCAAGUCACCAAAGCAGCUCGAAAAAUAAAGAGCCUCUGGGUUUAGAUCUAAGGGUGUUGGUGUUAGGGGAGACCUGGUCCUCCUGCUCCCCGUCUGGAGUCAGCAUCCUGUGUGGAGAAACGCCCACACUCAACUGUUCUUCCGUCAGAUCUUGGAGGGGUCAGAUAGCUGGACAGAGUCUUGAAGUCAUAGAACCUCUAGGUCUGAAGUGGCGAGACGGGCCAGAUCCAACUGACCCAGUCCAAAAGAAAAACAUUCGUGAGAGCAUCUCUCGGUGUCCCCCAGGACCCCACGUAGUCCUCCUACUCAUGCCAGCAUUCCUGAACUGCACACAAAAGUACAGGAAAGCGGUGGAGGAGCAUGUGGGUCUUCUCGGUGAGGGAAUUUGGCAACGCACAAUGGUGCUGUUCACGUGGGGGGAAGUUUUAGGCGAUAGCGCAGAGCAGCACAUCCUGAGGAACGGGGAACUGAUGAGGCUUGUAGAGCAGUGUCAGGGUGGGUAUCACGUGAUCACCAGCAAGAAAAACAACUCUAUGGUUGAGCAAUUAUUGGUGAAGAUGGAGGAUAUUAUGGAUCUGAACGGCAGGGUGUAGAACUAUGAUUAGACUGUAAAUUUGUCUUGUGAAAAAUGUGUUCUUGAAUGUGUAAAAUGUGAAUAUGUUUGAAUAAAGUUAACUGAUGGAA